AUGUCUUGUCAGGCCUUCUGUGGCGACUCCUACCCUCCUCUGUCAGCAGACGUGUCUUCUCUGCCCGUCUUCAUGCAGCACACUUCUGCAAGCCACGACUGCCUGCCAGCCUCCUCACACGCUCACAGCAUGGUGUCGGCAGUAUCUUCUGGGCUGUCCCUCAGUCAGUCUGCCAAACGUCCUCAGAUGCAACUGGCCUCCUCGUCCUUGGCAAACAGUCUAGGCUCCGCCCCCCACAGCCUGCACUACCCCGUCACACCGUGUCACUAUAGCAACCAGCAGACCGCCUACGGUAUCAUGGCAGCUCAGGAGAUGUUGUCAGCAAGUAUUUCCCAGACGUGCAUCCUGCAAACAUGCGGCGUUCCUCCGCCCAACAUGGUGAGCGCUGCCAACCCGCUGCAAGGUUCCCUGACCCCCUGCUUGUACAAGUUCCCAGACCCCGGUCUGAACAGCAGCUCCUGCGCUUUGAGUCACGGUUUCUCCUCGCUGCCCUCUGCCCUCCUGAUGAGUGACGAGGGCCCCGGGCCCCCCAGUGUGUGCGAGAUGAGAGCCAACGCGCAGCGGAAGAGCAUACGGGAGCUGGAGGACACGCCCGCCAUGGACUCCCCGCAGAUCCAGGAGCUGGAGAUGUUUGCCAACGACUUCAAAAUACGCAGGAUCAAACUUGGCUACACUCAGACCAACGUGGGCGAGGCUCUCGCUGCCGUGCACGGCUCGGAGUUCAGCCAGACCACAAUCUGCCGCUUCGAGAACCUGCAGCUGAGCUUCAAGAACGCCUGCAAACUGAAGGCCAUCCUGGCCAAGUGGUUGGACGAAGCCGAGCUGGCUCGCGCCCUGAACAACGACAAGAUUGGACUAAAUGAGCGCAAGAGGAAAAGGAGAACGACGAUCAGCCUGGGCGCUAAGGAGGCCCUGGAGCACAGCUUUGUGGAGAAAAGCAAGCCAUCUUCCCAGGAGAUCGCCCGCAUCGCUAAAGGCCUCCACCUGGAGAAGGAGGUGGUCCGAGUCUGGUUCUGUAACCGGCGCCAGAGGGAGAAGCGAGUCAAAACCAGUCUGAGCUCCUGCUUCGCCAAAAUGAGCUCAAACUGUAUAGCCCACUUGAAUAAAACGCGGCAGUUAACAUAA